AUGUCUCGCAAGCUAGCCAGUAGAAGCACUCAUGGCUGCUGGACUUGUCGACUCCGGAAAAAGAAAUGUGACGAGAAUCACCCUUCAUGUUUCCGAUGCACGUCUCUCCAGCUAGCCUGCGAUGGUUAUGGGCCAAGGCCUUACUGGAUGGACAGGGGAGACCUACAGAGGGAACAAGCUCGCUACAAGACACAGAUAAUUGCCCAGAUCAAGGCCGGCAUGCGAGAGAGUGAAUUACCCGGCACAUCGCAUAAUGUGGAACAUGGAUUAGAGACUUUGGUUUCUGGGACCAUUGCCACAUCAAACCAUCCCCCAGCACGCCCAGCACAAGAACCUCUCCUGCAGAGUGGGCCGGUGCACCAAUGUAACCUUCAGCCUCCCGGUACAGACGGAGAUUUACACACCUCCAGCGAGCCGAUAUGGAGUGAAGCACUCAACAACGCCGACUUCUCGACGGAACUCUUCUGCAAUCAGACUAUUCGCAUGAGCUCAUAUAAUCAGUCCUCCUCCGACACUUCUCAGACACUAGCAGCGAGUAUAUCGCCUGUCACUGAAGAUAAUUACGUGCGAGGUUCCAUUGAUGUGUCGAGAUCAAAUUCCUCAUCCGAAGCGAGCCUGGACUCUAUGGAUCUGUUGUGCAACCCGAUAUUAAGCGAAUAUUGCUCAUCGGAGUUAUCUGAAUACAGCAGUGAAGCGGACUGGUCGUUUUGCGCACGAAGGACUUCGCGUUCAGGUUCCACCGAUCUUGUUUCCCAACCAGCCGGACUCAGCAAUUCAAUUUUGCAUGGAGAUGUGGAUGACAUCUUAUUCAUGUACUACUUUGAUCAUGUCUUCUACAUGCAUUGUCCUUUUUACUUUCCUUCCAAUCGGCAAGGGCGAGGUUGGCUGCUUUCAAUCCUGAAGCGGGUUAACUCGGCCUAUCACGCAGCUCUUGCUUUGAGCGAAUAUCACCACUCGACUUCCACGCAGCAUGGAAGCGCUUAUCCUGUCAGAACAGGAGCUGGACACUACGAUUUGGCUCUCCAAGAACUGCAAACCAGUCUUCCACGGUCCUCUGCAUGGACCGGAAACCUAGAUCUCACCCACAGUGUCGAAGUUCUUACUACUAUUCUUCAUCUAUUGUUCUACGAAUCAUGCAGCGGUGGUAAACACAACUGGCAGAUACAUCUUGGAGGAGCGAAUGCCCUACUUCAAUCGCUUGUGCAAGCACAGAUGGGGUCAGCUAUAGCAAGAAAAGAUCAAACAAAAGAGCAGCAGGACAGGGCCAUUCCGCAUCCCGAUACUUCAAUCACCUUUCUCCUUGGGUUCUUCGUUCACAUGCAUAUUGUCACCUGUGCCUCGACUCGAUCAAGCCAAUUUUUGAUAUCGGACCACAAGGUCUUGCUCGAGACAGGCGAAGUCAACCUGGCGGAUUUAAUAGGCUGCAGUAACUGGGUCAUGAUCGCCAUCUUCGAGAUCUCAUCGUUAGACAAGUGGAAAAAAGAAGAGGAGGAUGCUCACAGAUUGAGCCUCAUAGAGUUGACAAAACGUGCUCGACAAAUUGAGGAGCGCCUACUGAGCCGACUGGCUAGUAUCGAACUCGACCUUUCGAAAAGAGCUUCAGUCGACACUCACCUCCGACCAGAGUUCAUCAAAACCGAGAUUACGAGAAUAUUUGCACUCUCAGCUAUCACCUACCUCCAUGUAGUCAUCUCCGGUCCUUAUCCUGAUAUUCCGGAUAUCAAGAGAAGCGUUUCGAAAACUAUCGACGCCCUUCGAAGUUUACCAGACCCAAAAUUGUUACAACAUGUGGUCUGGCCGUACUGUAUCUCUGGAUGCUUGGCAGCGGAUGAGCAACAAAAGGUUUUCCGGGAGCUUGUGUCCUUACCACGCAUAACGCACGGAACGUGCUUAGAGGCCUUGGGUCUCAUGGAAGAAUGCUGGCGACUAAGAAAAUCGGAAUCAUCCAAUCAUGAUUGGGCAUCUAUCAUGAAAAGACGUGGCCAGUAUAUUCUGCUCAUCUGA